CAACUUAUGUAUCUAACAACAUAUAAAAAUCGAAUGUGGACCUACUUAUUUUUCAAUUGAAUGUAAUUGACUACCUAAUUGAGUGCCACCUAUGCAUUGGGGCCUCUUUUAAUUAAUACAAAAUUGAGGUUACAUCUUUUCAAAUGUUCCUCAAUUAAUAUAUAAGGGAUACUAAAUUUUGGUUGUCUAGAAUAUCUACGGUUACAACCAAUCGUGUUAACAUUGUUCUGAUAUAGUCUAUUUACCUAUCUUUUUGGUGUUUGACUAUACAAAUCUAAAGAAAUAAAUUGGAAGAGUAUGUACAUUGACUCUUUGACCAAAAAAGAUAUUAUUUUACUUAUGUUUAUGUAUAAAAUCUGAUCAGCCUCAGUAGAGAAAAUCGUAACCAAAAAGAAAGACACUAUCAUAUAAUGGCUAUCACCAAAAAGUUUUUGGUUGCAUUUGUUCUUACCAUCCUCUGUGUCAUAUCUUUUUUACGAUGCCAUAAAACAUCUGAUAGAACUUCUGGUACUGACUUGUUAAACUCUUUACUUCCAUUUUUUCUAUAUUAUUUUUGUGAAUGUGUAUAUACCGGUGUUAUGAUUAUUAUUUCAAUAGGUUUUGGAGUAGAGAGUGAUUAUAAUUGCUACACAGUAGCUCCCUGUGAAGGCGGAGGGGAAAGAGGCUGCACUGCGUUUUGUAAGAGAAUGAAGCUUAUACCAAUGCCAGGUCGAGGCGUUUGUAAUGCUGAAAACGUAUGUUGUUGUGCUAUCAAUUAAGUAUUCUUCUCAGAUGAAAAUAAUAUACACGGAAUUUAG